AUGGUAGAUGAACUAUAUAAAGCAGAACGUGGAGAGAUGGAAAAGAAACUUCAUGCAAAAGAUGAAGUCAUUGAAUCCAAAGACAAAAGCAUACAGAAAAGAAUACCGCGUUCGGUACCAAAAGGAAAGGAAAAGAGUUAUAAGUAUAUGAUAUAUACUGAAGAGUUGGAGAAAGAAGAAGAUAAAGAUGUGGUUAUGUUGCAUUUAGUCAGAAGAAACAACAAAAGCUUUUACGACUUAGCUAAAAUAUAUAAAUCUGACAGAAACUGGUUCUAUCGUGAAAACUUACCGAUUUCAAUGACUCCGAAUGAGCAAAUAAAGGAAAUUGUCAAAAAUACUCUUCCUCAAACACACUAUGACAUCAAAGGUUGCACAAUACUUACAUUCAAAGAAGACUUAACAUUACUGAAGGAAAAAAUAACAGAAUAUUUCGAUAACUUCAAAGAGGAAGAAUAA